AUGGCAGGAGAGGAUGUACAAAUCAAAGGACCGAAUACGAUUAGAAUAGGAAAUUGUUCAGCUAUAGGACCAAAUGAAAGAUGUUUUAUCAUUGCUGAAAUCGGACAAAAUCAUCAAGGUGAUAUAAAUUUAGCAAAAGAAAUGAUAUUAUUAGCAAAAGAGAGUGGAGCUGAUUGUGUUAAAUUUCAAAAAAGUCACUUACCAUCAAAAUUUAACAAGAAAGCAUUGAUGAGACCCUACAUUAGUCCUAAUUCUUGGGGGGCAACAUAUGGGGAUCAUAAAAAUUAUUUAGAAUUUGAUGACAAUGAUUUUAUAGAAUUACAAAAUUUUUCACAUUCUAAAAACAUUAUUUUUUCAAGUUCAGUAAUGGAUGAGGUUUCUUUAAACUUUUUAAAUAAUCUUGAUGUUCCAUUUAUAAAAAUUGGCUCUGGUGAUGCUCACAAUUUCAAAUUACUCAAAUUGGCAUCAAGGUUAGGUAAACCUUUAAUUAUUUCAACAGGUAUGUCUCACAUUAGUGAUGUUAUUGAAAUAUACAAUUUGCUUAAAUCAAACCACAUGAAUUUUUCCUUAUUACAUUGCACUUCAUCUUAUCCAGUACCAUUUGAUGAAAUAAAUUUAAAUGUUAUAAAAAGUUAUAAGAAAUUAUUUCCUGAUAUUAAUAUUGGUUAUUCAGGACAUGAAUUAGGAAUAGAUGUUCCAUUAGGAGCCGUUGCUUUAGGUGCCAAAAUAAUAGAAAAACAUUUUACAUUAGAUAAAUCAUUAAAAGGCACUGAUCACAAAUGUUCUUUGACUCCAUUAGAAUUUAAACAAAUGGUUUCCAAUAUAAGAGAUUUUGAAAGAAAUAAAAUUCAAUUAGAAACGAUAUUUAGCAAAGAUGAAGUUAAAAAAUCACUUGGGGCUCAUGAAAAAAAAUUUCAAAAAUCAGAAAAAACAUGUUAUGAAAAAUUAGGGAAAACUGUUGUUGCAGCAAAACCCCUUAAAAAAGGUGAUGUCAUAACUUGGGAUAACGUAUCCCUUAAGGUUGCCGAACCUAAAGGCAUACCUGGAAAUUAUUUACACAAUAUAAUUGGAAAAACAAUAAAUAAAACAGUAGAUGAGGAUGAGAGUAUUUUAGAAAAUUUUUUCACAUAA